GACAAGCUCUUUGGUAUAAAAGCUUCCUUUGCCGCAUACUGCAAACCCACGGGUGCAAACCAAACAGAGGAUGGCAUCAUUGCGGCGAGUCACAGCAGAAAACUUGAACUGUCCUCUCUGCAUGGACACCUUCGAGGAAGCCACCCUUCUGAGCUGCGGCCACACCUUCUGUCGCAAGUGCUUGACGAAAUACGACGAGUUUCACCCAGACCAUGCUGACAUGCAUUGCCCACUCUGCCGCGAAGCCACACCUUUGAAUGAGAAACGAGUGGAAGGGUUGUCCUCCAAUGUGACCCUGAACGGACUGGUCGGGGAUAUCAAUCGGAUCUCGACGGGCUUACACUAUGCCGAUGAGUCAAAACCAAGGUGUGACCUUUGCCAGCCGAAGUCGAUGAGCGAUGACCACCAGGAGCAGGCCAUUGCCGUGUCAUUUUGCCACGAAUGUGAGGGCUAUCUCUGCGAGAGUUGCCUCUCGGGGCAUACCCGAAUGGUGCAUGUCUUCGGCACCCACCGCACCGUCUCUGUCCAGGAGGUUCGGAAAGAAAAAGAGCGGGACAGUAACAUCGCCAAGAGCUGCCCCGAACACAAGUCCGAGCAGAUGGACUUCUACUGCCAAGACUGCGAAGAAGUCGUCUGCCACAAGUGCACGGUGGUGAAGCACUCUGGAAGAGAACACUCCAUCAAGGAUCUUGCUGAAUACGAGACGGAGACGCGACAGAAGAUCGAUAUGCUGGUCAUGAGGAGCUCGGUCAGGAGGGCUAAGAUCGAGAAACAUAUCGGUGAUAUCAAGCAAGAGGAGAAGCACAUCCGGGUCAUGCUGACCAAGAUGGAGAGCGAAAUCAAUCGAGCUUAUGAUUAUAAAAUUAAGCAACUGGAUGAAAACAAGCAGGCUUUGCUUGAGGAAGUCGCUCGGGUCGAGGCGAUGUAUUACGGAAAGCUCAUUGACAUGACCAAAACGGCGCGGUCACUGGCCAAGAAAAUAUCCGUUUCAAGCGAGAUGAUUUCAAAAGGUAAACGAAAACCCUUGUUCGGUGAGAGUCGUGUCGCUCAUAACAAUCUCUAUCGAGAACUCGACGUCGUCCUCGGUGAAGAAGUAGAUAUGAUGGCGCCAAGCAGACUUCGAGACCUCACGGGGAAAACAUGCUUUGUCCCAUCAGCAAGCGACGUCAUUGACCUUGGUCAGAUCGGCGCUCAUAUUACUGGAUGGACGGUAGUCAAUGAAAUCGACUUGCCGUGUGAUGACGCUAUGAACGGUCUCGCAACCAUGUCAUACGAUAAAGUUGCAGUGUCAUAUUUCAACGGCGGUGUGGAUUCCUUUAACAUCUACUCUGGCGAAAGAAAGUUGCUGAUCGAGAGCGACGAUCGCGGCACCCAUGACAUUGCUUUCCUCAGCGACGGCCGAUUUGUCGCCACGAACACUCGCCGCGUUCUGAAGCUUUUCAAUGCCGAUCAAACGCCAACCGACGUCAGUUUCGACACGCCCUCAGAGACAACCGGCCUGACAAUGCUCGACGUCGACGCCCAGGACCAUAUCUUUAUCUCUUUCUGGGAUCUUAAAAAGAUAUUCGUCUUCUCGCCAGCAGGCGGGAAGCCUCUUCGUGUCAUCAAUACCGAACGAAUUCCUCGUCAGAUCUGCACGACGUCGACCGGCUCCAUCGUCACUCAGAAACUCGGCAACAUCACCGUGCUUGACGAGGAUGGCAACAUCCAGUGGUCGGUGACGAAGAGGAAGGGCUACUUGCACCCUGCCGUCAACGACAAAGACCAGCUCUACAUCGCUUGCGUCCGACCUUCCGACCAGUCGCUCUCCAUCGAGCAUUACACCUUCGGCGGCAAACACGUGGGGACAGUUCUCAAGAACGCAAAGAUUGAGAUUCCGUCGCGACAUUGGUAUUACAUGACCUUCAUGUCACCUUCAUGCAUUGCUUUCUGCACCCCUGGCAAGCUCUACGUCAUUCAGAAGUCAUUGACCCGGACGAAAACUCUUACAGAGGUCAUCUCCCCGACAACAUAUGAGAUCGAAAGCGAAAUCAAAAUUUGUAAAAAUUAAAUGUGGAUAUUAGAAUAUAUUAGCGACGAGUUGGCCGAAAUCUGGAAGAAAUUUUAGCGAUCUUAUUCAAAGCAGCAGUAGGAAAUCAUACAGGAAAGACAUUUUAUAAACAAUUAUACUUGGAGUAGUAUUCAUUUGGAAUGUGGCAGCAUGCUUGUGAUGUCAACAUAGUUUUCGCUCAAUUUCACAAUCUUACUCAUCAAGUGAACGUUUUGGAUAACAACUGAUGCGUGAUGCAUUUUGACAUCAUCAACUGUCUCGACUUCAUCAAAAGGAUACCAAUAUUAUCCCCUAUUUCAAUAUCGUAAUGAGUGUCGGUGACGCACUUACUCUUUCGUCUUUGGCCAACCCCCUUUUUUUCCAGCAUACCAAAAGUUCAUCUGUUAUUUUUUCCUUAUCUCUGACGUUUUUUCAUGGGGGUGCAGUUUAUCUAUUCUGUAGAGUUUCACCUAGCUGUUGUAAAGUUGCAGACAACUUAACGAUUACAAUAUGAAAACUCAAAUGCGAUUCUAUAUUGGUAAUGGCAUGGGAUUUUUUUUUCAAGUUUUUUUUAUUUCCCUCCGAUAGGGCAUAUAUUUGCAUAAACAUUUUAACAAUGAUAUAAUUGACACAAUACCAAGCAUAUCAUGCACACAUAGCAUAAUUUUGUACAAAGUAUAGGCCAACAUGGCGUUUCAAAUAAAAGGCAACCGAGAAAAAUUGAAAUUUGCCGACAUACUCUCUGUUAAGCAAAUGAAUUAAUGCAAAUUAUACAUUUUCCUAUUUAAAUUGAAUUAAUGUACAUCGCAGUCACAUUUUAGUAAAAGUGUAAGUGUGGCAAAAAAGGAAGGGGCAAGAGUAACCACCCUAUCAGUUGUAAAGUGAUACAAAGUUUAAAAAACAUUGGAGAGAAAAGGAAGAGAGGGUGGAGGAAAAGAAGAAAGAAUAGCAUUGACAAGAGUGUGAUGGGUCGUGUAACUUUAUAUAAUACUCGAUAUUAACUAAAUAAU